AUGUCGAGGAUUGCCUGUGUUUGGGCCGACUUAGGCGAGGAGGCGCCAGAAGCGAGCAGCUGGUACGAAAACACGCAUAUACCCGAUACGCUCGCAAAGAUCAACUCGACGGCGCGCAUCGCAGAGCAGGUCGAAGACAAUGCCUUUAAGGAAAUACCCCAGGUCCAGGGUAACCUCAUGACCAUAUACGACAUACCCUGUGGCCAGGACGCAGAAGACGUGGAUGCACAGUUACGCCCCUCGGUAGGCCGGCUCCCCAAAGAAGCGCGGAUAGACACCCGUGUGUACACCGAGCAUCAGAAUUGGUACGGGGAGGAAUGGCGGGACGACCCCAGCGAUGUCCGAAUGUGGAUUGUUGUCCUCUGGCAACCGCUCCCACAUAUCCACGACGAAUUCAUUGAAUGGUUCAGAGGGGAGUUCCUACCCGGCAUGCUCGAAAGCCCCGAACUGCUGCGCACGCGCGUCUUCAAGCUCGAUCACGCCUCAUUAGUCUCCGACCGAAAACACAGCUCAGUGGACAAAGAGUCCGUGUAUCAAUACAUGACAUUAUGGGAGUUUGACAGUGAGGAGCUGCCGUGGGAGGUCUUGAUAUAUCUUGGUAGCUCAGACCGAUGGCGGUACUAUGCCGAAGGCGAACUACUGAAUUGGCAGAUUGGACAAUUUCUGGUAAAUAAGAUCUAUCCUGAGAUCGAGGACGCCGACUCCCCUAGUUUGGAGAGGCCAGGCAUCAUAGCGACCGCAGUCGCGGGGGAGUCGUAA